AUGAAGCUCACACCUGAGCUCAUCGCGCAGGCCCCCUCGUCGCUCAAUGCGCUCAAAGAGCGUCAGCUCGACUUGCGAGGCUAUAAAAUCCCUGCCAUCGAAAAUCUUGGCGUGACCAGGGACCAACAUGAUGCCAUAGACCUCACAGAUAAUUCGAUCGUCGCGCUUGGAAACCUGCCGCUGCUCAAACGACUACAUACACUCCUUCUUGCCAACAACCGAAUAUCCUCAAUUUCCCCAUCUAUCCACCUUUCCGUCCCACAUCUCACAACACUCGUUCUUACGAACAACAAUAUCACGGAGUUGGGCGACUUGGAGCCGUUGCGGGAGGUCAAGGGACUCAAGUACCUGAGUUUGAUGGGGAACCCAGUGCAAGAAAAGAAAUGGUAUCGCGAAUGGCUUGCCUGGAGAUUACCAGCGCUGAGAGUUUUGGACUUCCAGAGAAUCCGUGACAAGGAACGAGAAGCCUCCAAGAAGCUUUUCCUCACCGCGGACGGCCUGAUGAACGCACUAGCGACUUCAAUAUCCACCUCCGCCACGCAGACCUCAAAACAUGUCGUAUCGACUGAUGAGCCACGUCCAGUUGCCGUGCCCGGGAAAGCAGGUCGUCUGAUGUCGAAAGAAGAGGCGGACAAGGUGAAGGAGGCCAUCGCGAAGGCCAGCUCGAUUGAGGAAAUCAGGAAGCUGGAGAGGAGUUUGAAGGAGGGUUUCUUGCCAAGCAUGGAGUCUGUCGGGGCAUAGCUGUGUAUUCUGAAUUUUUCUUGUAUUCUUGUGCUCAAUGGUUGAUACUCGCUCAAUCUGUAUGCAAGCGCACUCGCGUGACCGAUAAUGAUGAAAGACACAGAUUCAUUUCCGC